GUUCCUGUGGGAAGAGGCUGGGCCGGGCCAGCGCGUUCCGCCGCAACCGGCGCUCCCUCAGCACCGACCGGACUUGAACUUGGCGUCGCUGGGGCCGUCUUGAGGCGGGAGGGUGGGCCGAGCCUCCCCGCUGCCUCCGCCCGGCGGCCCCCGGUGCCGUCCCGCCUGGAGCUGGGCGUCCCUCAGGGCAGGGGGGUCGUUACCCGGCCCGGCCCCUUCCUUGGGCGCCCUGAGGCGUUACUCCGCCGUGCUGCUACCGUGGUGUAGUCUCAUCGUCACUUCAGAAUACCUCACCGCCGCCGCGGGGGGCUGGCGGGGGCUGCUGCGCAGGGCGGGGGCUGGGCGGGCAGGGCCCAGGCCGUGUGGGGGAGCGCGGGUCGGCCCAGGUGCGGUCAGCCCAGGAGGGGGGGUUGGGGUUCUCUCCAAAAUGCUCAGCCCUUCUGGGCAGCUGGAGAGGAAACGCCUGUGCUGGGGUCUUCCCCUGAGCAUACCGGUCGCGUUGAGGCCGUUAGGUCUGGUGCUUGUCUUGCUUUUAAUUCGCGCUCGCCGUUUCUCUGGAGCUGCUUGUGUUUUUGUCAGACGGUACGGUUCGGUUUUCAGUCAUAAUUUCCGUGUGGCGUAGCGAUAGUCUGCGCUCUGCUGUAAACCGUUUUCAACUGGAGAAGUUUACUUUCUGCCAAAGUUAGCAAGGCGGGCUCUCGCGGGGGAGGGGGCUGCCUGCGCUGGCUCGAGUAUUUCUGCCUGUCAGAGCCGGGAAAGCAUCAAAAGGUACUUUCUGUUUUGUUUUCCUUGCGUUAAAAUAACUGGAUGCGUGGGCUCAACAAUACUGAGCACAAACAUAUCUGCUGAAACUAAUAUGCGUGUAACUGUGUAGGUGAAAGCUGCCUGUUUCAAAGACCUGGCGGUGAAGGGCCGCGGCUGGGACAGUGGCCGGUCCCCCGUGGUCGCGGGGAUGGAGAGAGGCGGCGGACGCCGCUCCGUGCCAGGAAAGAGCAGGGGUGUCCCGCCACAGCUACCAGAUGCAGUAGUGGUGGGCUGCUGGCAGCUUCAGCUUCUUCCUGUGUUUCACAUUUAAUUUCCGGAGGUGGAAGUUCAGUUCUGUGAUACCUUUUAUCACAGGCGCAAAAACAAAUAAAUAAAUAAAUAGGUACCAACACUCGUUUUUAAGUGACAUCUAGGGAUGUGUGUCAGAAGUUGGCGGGAGAGGCUGUUGGGGCUAGUUGGGUUGGCUUGCUGAGCUAAAGUGCUUGCCGUGCAGUCUCAUUGCUAUCUCCUAAUGGCUUUUUGGUCAAAAUAAACACCAAUAUGCUGUAUAAGCUUAUUUCUUUACCUUGAUACAUCAACACAAACAUUUCUUCUAAGUGUAAUUGCUGUUGUUCUUUAAAAGGAACAGCAAAGUUCACAGCUGACCAGUUUUGAAUGCUGUUCAUGCACAUUUGAGGCCAGCCUAAUGUAGCAAAAGAAUUAAUUUGAAGAGCUGCUUCAUUGUGUCUGUCUCUUUUUAACAGCUCUGAUGACAAGUCACAGAAUCAACAAAAGCAGAUGGCUGGAGGUGGCUUUUGUUGCUUUGGGAGUAGUCUAUUGAAUAGUGAGAGAUUAGAAGAUAAGCACAUUAACACAAAGCACGAAAAAUUACUUUGUACUGAAGUGUGUUAAAACUUAAUUUGGGAAAGUUUGAAAAAUUGGUAUUUUUUAAGCACUCCUAAUUUCACUAUACUUAGUCGAUACUGAAAGUUCAUUUUUUCCAAGUGUAGGUACAAAGUUCCAAGUACAGCAAUCAGAUAUGCUUAUAAGGUCAUACUGUACCAGCACAGGCUUGCCUGAUAUGUGUAAUGGUCUGGCAGAAGAUUAGUGGGGAAAAAAAAGACUAUACUGCAUCUGAUGUGACAUGUCAAAGGUAUGCUAAGUAUACUGUUGUGACCUAAUGCAUAACAGCAUUGGUUAGACUGAAGGCUGCCUAAACUUUAAAACCUGUUACAGACGUAUUAACUGAAUCUUUUCACUUGUUUUCUGAAGGCUUAUGUACAUUUCUACAGACGUGUCUCACAAGGAUUUAACUUUCAGGAUGGAAGAAUACCAGUAUCAGCCUCCUGAGGAACAUGAAUUAGUACUGAAUAACUGAAUGAGGGGUUUUUUGUUAGUCUGCAGUGAAUGUUGUUUCCCCUUAUCCUCUCCAUCUUGUUAAACUGGAUGUCAAAACCACUUAAAAUUUAUUUUAGUCUUGCUGUGCAUGCUACUUACAUACUACUAGAAGUAUGAUGGCUGUCACUGCUUGAACUGAUGUUAUUUAAAAGCCAUGCACAAUAUCGUGACUUAGUCCCGAACCUCCCAUCAUCUGUGUAACCUGUACCCAGCAGUCUUCAGGAAUCACUCUUUAAACAUAGUUGCAACUUAAAAUUUCUGUUCUCCAGGGGGCUUGUCUAAUUUUAGAGUGAUUUUUAUUAUUUUUUAAGGGUGUUUUGGUUAGUCUCUGGCUUUUUUUUCGCUUUCUGUAACUUUUUUUCAGAGACCUCAGAAGUGAGUGUAAUGAGAUCAGUAUGGCAUUCUUCAUUUCUCUUGGCUCGGCAGACUAAUCCUGUAGUAUGUUAGUACUUGCAAAUGCAGGAUUUUCUUUCCAGCUAAGGGGUAGACCAGAAAUGAAAAUUCACAGUUUCUGGGAUGCUGCACCAAUAUGUUGUGGUAUGGUAGGAAGGGGAACCUGGCACAUCUUGCACCUUCCAGCAAUGCAGACUGUUAAGGUGAAGGUCAUUAGAAUGCCUGCAGUGCCAGUGCAGUUUUUCUGCAGCUGUCUCAGUGUUGUGAAAAAUCAGGGGAGUUUAAAUCAUGCUGCUCAGAAAAGGAAUGUGGUAUUUUUUCCCUGCUUACUGUAGGUAUGGACAUGUAUUUUCAAUUCAGAUGAUUACUGUGGAAUUUAUUUUGUACAGUUAUGAAAAAGCGAUCUUCCUUUUGAACGUCUGAAACCGAUGCACGGUUCAUGUGUCAUUAAAUUAGAAACUGCAGGAAAACAAAGAACCAUCUGGAGACUUGGUGGGGGGGAGGUUGAUGUUUCUGGUUAAAUGUACUAUCAACACAGGAAAAAACUAUAAAGAGUGUUUCAGACACAAAAGGAGGCAAGUGUGCUGGGUGUUUUGUCUGAUGGAGUUUUUUGGGUUUUUUUUUGUUUUGUGUUGGGUUUUUUUUUAACCAUCUUCUUUUCAUAAUUAGGUGAAACACCAGAAUGAGAGACAUGGACAAUAUCAAAACUGUAAAGAAAGAAUGGAUGUGUAGAUCGGGAACCAACGAUCGCAUUUUGAAUGGUACGGAACAAAACUGUGACUACUUGGUAGAUAACCUUUUUGAAGAAGCACAGAAGGUUGGUGCUAUAUGUAUGCCCCCAACUACGGUCAAGAAUCAGGUUGAUGUAAUCAUUAAACUUUGGAAAAAUGGGUUUACAGUAAAUGACGGUGAGCUUAGGAGCUACACUGAUGUUGCAAACCAGCAGUUCUUGGACUCCAUUAAAAAAGGGGAACUGCCUUUUGAGCUACGCAAAGUUUUCGAUAAGGAGGAGGUAGAUGUGAAAGUGGAAGAUAAAAAAGAUAAGGUGUAUUUGUCAUCGAAAAAGCCAAUGUUUCAUCCCUUUUCUGGACACGGUUACAGAUUAGGAAGCGCUACUCCAAGGAUAAUCUCUAAAGUAAGAGAUGAUCAUCAAAGACCUGACAACAAGAGACGCCUGCCUUUAGUACCCUUAAAUGAGUUGGAGCCUAUCACUAACAUCCAGAUCUGGUUAGCUGAUGGGGAAAGGAUAAUUCAGAAGUUCAAUGUUUCUCACAGAAUAAGCCAUGUCAGAGACUUCAUAACAAAAUAUCAAGGAUCAGAGGGAAGUGUUCCCUUCACACUGACUACUUCGUUGCCGUUUCGAGAGCUGCGAGAUGAGACACUCACGCUAGAGGAAGCCAAGUUGCAAAAUGCUGUUGUUGUUCAAAGACUUCGGAAAACAACUGAGCCUUUCAGACUCUUAGUGAUAAAAGCACCUGACAGUGACUAUAAAACUGCUACUACACCUAAUGGACAGCUCAAGAAUGAGCAAAAAAAUGCUAUCAAAAGUACAAGAUCAAAUUAACUUUUAACUGGCCAAAAACUACAUACAGGUGGAACUAGACAAAACCAAAAAUGUAACCAGCGAUAUCUGGAUGCACUCUCAUCCUCACGUACUGUGCUCUUAGAGAGCAAAAUGUGUGCUGUGCUAUCAUCUGCUGUAACAGAAGUAUUUUCCACUAAAUUGGGUGGCCAGAGCCUGGCUAUACAAUGUAGCAGAGGUAACUGUACUACAGGUCAUCCUUAGAAUUUCCUUAGGUAGAAAGCUUCUUAGUUCUUUAAUGAGUGUAUUUAGGCAGAACAGUUCUCUGAGACUUAAUUACUACUGAUAGCACCUUUUAAGGAACAAUAGUAUUUAUUUUUGCACUUUGGACUAAAGUGAAACUGAACUGGUUGGUUUCACUUACAUUUCGGUGUAAGCUGCUGCAGUUUGCAUUCUUCUCACAGUUACUUUUAGGCAACAGGUGCUGCAGGGAAGUUCACAUUUGAACUCUUAACUAACUUGAAAAUCUUCAGUAUCAGUAUCUUCAGGAUUUAACUUUUAUCAUAAGAUCUGCAGUAUAAUGUUCUAUCAAGCCUUCACAUGGUGGUAGGUGCAUGUGUGAGAAGACAGAAAUGAGGUAGUCUGGUGCAUACUGCAUACGAAGUGCCUCAAAAUAAGCUCUGAAGGAAUUGCUGUUACCAAUGGUUGAAGCGUUUUCUGCCUCUCUUGUGCUGCUACGGGUGUCUUGCAGAUAGGGUGAUGUUCAACUACCUAGCUUAUUAGGAUAAAAAUCCACUUUUAGCCUUGUCACACAAAAACUUCAGCUUUUCUGGAGAUUACCAUACAGGAAUAGUGGCUUAGAGGGACACAGUUGUUUUUGUACUAUGUAUCUGCCUCUGUCCUGAACUGGCCAGCUGAUUGAGAUGCUAAUUGCAUGUGGCCAAGUUUCAAAGAUGCUGAAAAUCAUUAUUUGAAAACUGAGGUUUCUUCCUCCUCUGUGCCUCAUUUCCGUCUGAAUCUUUUAUUUUACUGUUCAUGUACUUGAGACUUAAAAUGUGUAGCCAACUAUUCCAUGUUUUGCUAAAUGAGAAAUCAACAUAAAGACUAAAUAUUUUGUACUAUGUUUGCUGAGCAGCAUGUGGGUUUGUGAAUGGAACUAGAGUCUCUAGGUAAGACUUAUCCGGGGGCCUUCAAGAGUGCUGACUAGUUUGUGCUACUUGCACAAAUGGAGGAUUUUGGGGGUUGUAGUUCUUUUGUGUGGAUAAAUCAAAGAUGGGUUUGGGAUUUCCUGUUUUUUUUCUGAACAGAAAAUGACAUAAUUGGAGUGAUUUGAAUUCUAUCUAAAAGUCACGUUACUUCAAACUAGGGAUGCGCUUUCUUCAUUCCCAGGGAUGAAAAAGUCUUUUGCUUCAGCAUCUCUCCUGGUAUGUUUGAGGGCAGUGAAAUGAAAGUCAAGUGCACAAAUAUCUAUUCAGUGCAUUCAGAAAGCAAAUCUGAAAACUAUGCAGUUAACUGUUCUCAGUGCUAUAAACUUGAUGUGCUACUGUGUUAUUCAGGUUUAUGUUGCAAAUAAUGCAAUUAAAUUCUGUUUGCUCUUG